AUGGUGAGGCUCGUGCUGCCCAACCCGGGCCUGGAGGACCGGAUCCCCUCGCUGGACCAGCUGGAGCGGCUGGAGAAGGAGGAGGCCAGUUCGCGGCCACAGUGGGACAACAAGGCCCAGUACAUGCUCACCUGCGUGGGCUUCUGCGUGGGGCUGGGCAACGUCUGGCGCUUCCCCUACCUGUGCCAGAGCCACGGCGGAGGAGCCUUCAUGAUCCCGUUCCUCAUCCUGCUGGUGGUGGAGGGGAUCCCCCUGCUGCACCUGGAGUUCGCCAUCGGCCAGAGGCUGCGCAAGGGCAGUGUGGGGGUCUGGAGCUCCAUCCACCCGGCGCUCAAGGGCGUAGGCAUCGCGUCCAUGUUUGUGUCCUUCAUGGUGGGCUUCUACUACAACACCAUCAUCGCCUGGGUCAUGUGGUACUUCUUCAACUCCUUCCAGGAGCCGCUGCCCUGGAGCCAGUGUCCCCUGAAUGAGAACCGCACAGGCUUUGUGGACGAGUGUGCGCGCAGCUCGCCCGUGGACUACUACUGGUACCGGGAGACGCUGAACAUCUCCACAUCCAUCAGUGACUCGGGCUCCGUGCAGUGGUGGAUCCUGCUGUGUCUGACAUGCGCCUGGAGUGUCCUCUACGUCUGCACCAUCCGUGGCAUCGAGACCACGGGCAAGGCUGUGUAUGUCACCUCCACGCUACCUUACGUGGUCCUCACCAUCUUCCUCAUCCGUGGCCUCACACUCAAGGGGGCGACCAACGGCAUCGUCUUCCUGUUCACACCCAACGUCACGGAGCUGGCCAACCCGGUCACCUGGCUGGACGCGGGGGCGCAGGUCUUCUACUCCUUCUCGCUGGCCUUCGGGGGCCUCAUCUCCUUCUCCAGCUACAACUCUGUGCACAACAACUGCGAGAUGGACUCGGUCAUCGUGUCCGUCAUCAAUGGCUUCACAUCUGUGUACGCGGCCACCGUGGUCUACUCCAUCAUCGGCUUCCGCGCCACCCAGCGCUACGACGAGUGCUUCGACCGAAACAUUCUGACGCUCAUGAAUGGCUUCGACCUGGCUGAGGGCUCCGUCACGCAGGACAACUUUCAGGAGCUGCAGAGCUACUGGAAUGCCACCGAACCCGCCAUCUUCGCCACACUCAGCUUCCAGAACUGCGACAUGAACUCCUUCCUCUCAGAGGGUGUGGAGGGCACUGGGCUGGCCUUCAUCGUCUUCACCGAGGCCAUCACGAAGAUGCCGGUGUCCCCACUCUGGUCCGUGCUCUUCUUCAUCAUGCUCUUCUGCCUCGGCCUGUCGUCCAUGUUCGGGAACAUGGAGGGGGUGGUGGUGCCCCUGCAGGACCUCAAGGUCAUCCCCAAGAAGUGGCCCAAGGAGCUGCUGACAGGUAUCAUCUGUCUGGGCACCUACCUGCUGGCCAUCCUUUUCACGCUGAACUCGGGCCAGUACUGGCUGUCGCUGCUGGAUGGCUAUGCCGGGUCCAUCCCCCUUCUCGUCAUCGCCUUCUGUGAGAUGUUUGCUGUUGUUUAUGUCUACGGCGUGGACAGAUUCAACAAGGACAUUGAGUUCAUGAUCGGCCACAAGCCCAACAUCUUCUGGCAGAUCAUGUGGCGCGUGGUGAGCCCAGUGCUCAUGCUGGUCAUCUUCCUGUUCUUCUUCGUGGUCAAGGUCAAUGAAGAGCUCACCUACAGCGUCUGGGACCCGGCCUACGAGGAAUUCCCCAAGUCCCAGAAGGUCCCGUACCCCGACUGGGUGUACGGGGUGGUGGUCAUCAUCUCGGGUGUGCCCUGCCUUGCCAUCCCUGGCUUUGCCAUCUACAAGUUCAUCCGGAAUCGCUGCCAGAAGGGAGGGGACGAGCAGGGGCUGGUCAGCACACAGUCCACCGCCUCCCUCAAUGGGGACCUCAAGCACUGA